GAGCCGCGGACCGGGCAUGGGCGGGCGGCUGUCGGCGGAGGGCGGCUGAGUGCGGCCAAGGGUCCGCGCGGUGACCUCCUGUCGCCGUGCGCUCCCCUUCAGUGAGCCUGUUCGCAACGGGGACCAAGCCCGCUGGCUGCAGAGACCCGGCUCCGCGGCGGCGGUGUAAAGCUCUCGCUGUCCGGCUGUACGCGGGACUGAGCUGUUGGCGCUGUCCUGGCGCGAUGCGCUGAGCGCCCGGCUCCCCCGCUGCACCCAGAGCCGACCCCAUGGAACCAGCAGGCACCGGGCGGAGCCUGCUGGCGCCGCCGCCUGGGCUUCUGCUGCUGCUGCUCCUGCAGGUGGCGGGGCCGGCGGGCACCCUGGCAGAGACCCUCCUAGACUCUCCAAAGGCCAGGGGCACCAGUUCCAGCCCACCUAGCCCGGCGAGCGUGGUGGCUCCGGGAACCACGCCGUUUGAGGAAAGUCGUCUGCCGGUGUUCACUCUGGAUUACCCCCACGUGCAGAUCCCCUUCGAGAUCACCCUGUGGAUCCUGCUGGCCUCCCUGGCCAAGAUCGGCUUCCAUCUCUAUCACAAGUUGCCCACCAUCGUGCCUGAGAGCUGCCUUCUCAUAAUGGUCGGACUUCUACUUGGUGGCAUUAUCUUUGGUGUAGAUGAGAAGUCUCCCCCCGCGAUGAAGACUGAUGUCUUCUUCUUGUAUCUCCUGCCGCCCAUCGUGCUGGACGCCGGCUAUUUCAUGCCCACUCGCCCCUUCUUUGAGAACAUAGGCACUAUUUUCUGGUAUGCCGUGGUAGGAACACUUUGGAAUUCCAUUGGCAUCGGGGUCUCUCUGUUUGGCAUCUGCCAGAUUGAAGCCUUUGGCCUUAGUGACAUCACUCUGCUCCAGAACCUGCUCUUUGGCAGUUUGAUCUCAGCCGUGGACCCCGUGGCGGUGCUCGCCGUCUUUGAGAACAUCCAUGUCAACGAGCAGCUCUACAUCCUGGUCUUUGGGGAGUCCCUGCUGAACGAUGCUGUCACAGUGGUCCUCUACAACUUGUUCAAAUCCUUUUGCCAGAUGAAAACCAUCGAGACCAUUGACGUGUUUGCAGGAAUUGCUAACUUCUUUGUGGUGGGAAUUGGCGGAGUGCUGAUUGGCAUCUUCCUGGGAUUUAUAGCAGCAUUUACUACUCGUUUCACACACAAUAUCCGUGUGAUUGAACCGCUCUUUGUCUUCCUGUACAGCUAUUUGUCCUACAUAACAGCUGAAAUGUUUCAUCUCUCAGGCAUCAUGGCAAUCACAGCUUGCGCCAUGACGAUGAAUAAGUAUGUGGAAGAAAAUGUAUCUCAAAAGUCCUACACGACCAUCAAGUAUUUCAUGAAGAUGCUGAGCAGUGUCAGCGAGACCUUGAUCUUCAUCUUCAUGGGCGUGUCCACGGUUGGGAAGAACCAUGAGUGGAACUGGGCCUUUGUCUGCUUCACCCUGGCCUUCUGUCUGAUCUGGCGAGCGCUGGGUGUCUUUGUCCUAACUCAGGUCAUUAACUGGUUCCGGACCAUUCCCCUGACCUUCAAGGAUCAGUUCAUCAUUGCCUAUGGAGGGCUCCGAGGCGCCAUCUGCUUUGCUCUGGUGUUUCUCCUCCCGGCCGCUGUGUUCCCCCGGAAGAAGCUGUUCAUCACAGCUGCCAUUGUGGUCAUAUUCUUCACUGUCUUCAUCCUGGGGAUAACCAUCCGGCCACUGGUGGAGUUUCUUGAUGUUAAGAGAUCUAAUAAGAAGCAGCAAGCUGUCAGUGAAGAAAUCCACUGCCGGUUUUUUGAUCAUGUGAAGACUGGCAUUGAAGACGUUUGUGGACAUUGGGGUCACAACUUUUGGAGAGACAAGUUUAAGAAAUUUGAUGACAAAUACCUUCGGAAGCUUUUGAUUCGGGAAAACCAACCCAAGUCAAGCAUUGUGUCCUUAUAUAAAAAGCUGGAAAUAAAACAUGCUAUUGAGAUGGCAGAGACUGGAAUGAUAAGUACUGUCCCCUCUUUUGCAUCUCUAAAUGAUUUCCGUGAAGAAAAAAUAAGGAAGCUCACGCCUGGUGAAAUGGAUGAAAUUCGAGACAUAUUAUCCAGGAAUCUGUAUCAAAUCCGUCAGAGAACUUUGUCGUACAACAGACACAAUUUGACAGCAGACACCAGCGAGAGACAAGCCAAAGAGAUUCUGAUCCGCCGCAGGCACAGUUUGCGUGAAAGCAUCAGGAAAGACAACAGCUUGAAUCGAGAGCGCAGGGCUUCCACUUCAACAUCCAGAUAUUUAUCCUUACCCAAAAAUACAAAGCUUCCAGAAAAGCUACAAAAGAAAAAGAAUAUUUCUAAUGCAGAUGGCAAUAGCAGCGACUCAGACGUAGACACCGGGACCACCGCGCUUAAUUUGCAACCCCGAUCCAGGCGCUUCUUGCCAGAACAGUUCUCCAAGAAAGCCUCCCAGUCCUAUAAGAUGGAAUGGAAGAACGAGGUAGAUGGAGAUUCUGGCCGAGGGCAGCCCAGCCCGUCCCCAGCACCCCGCAGCAAAGAGGGGGGCACCCAGACGCCAGGCGUACUGCGCCAGCCCCUUCUCUCCAAGGACGGCUUUGGCCGUGGCAGGGAAGACAGUUUGACUGAAGACGUGCCACCCCGGCCUCCUCCGAGGCUGGUCCGCAGGGCAUCCGAACCCGGAAACCAGAAAGCCCGAUUUGGGAGUGAAAAGCCCUAAUGGAAAUGGCCAAGGGAGAUCAGGGGCGACUGACCCAGCAAAGCUGUGGUUUCUCUCUCCCAUACCUGAAGCAACGGCGGAAUCCCUUUAAAAUCCCCUAUCUG